AGGUCAGCGGUUCAAACCCACCAGUUGCUUGAAGUAGGAAGAUCAGGCUGUCUGUCUCUAUGAAAAUAUAGCCUUAGAAGCCCUGUAGGAACAGCAGCGUUUGCUUAUUUGUUCUUUUGGCAGGUCUGAUGGGUAGCCUCACCCCACCCCACCAACUUCCACCCUUUGGGGGUGGGGCGCAUAUCCGUGGGCAUCCCUCCCUAAGGCUGAAGGUUAGGAAGAUAAGAUGUACAAGAUAGAAGAGGUAGGAAUCUCACAUCCAAUGGUCACUCUUUCCCGGUCCUCUAGUCUCCCAGGCCCACAUCCCCAGGGCCUUUCCACUUCUCUGCCCUCCUACAACCCACUGGUCACCUGCAGAAUCUUGCUGUGUGCUUUUUUUUUUUUUUUUAAUUUUUAACUUUAUUAUUUUGAAGGAUUUCCCCUGUAACUCUCAAGAAAUGUAUUUAUUUUACAUAAAGUAGAAAGUAUUGGUAGAAAAUUAAAGUCACCCCAAAUUCGACCAUACAGAAAAAAACAAUAUUCACUCUCAAGUCAUGUUCAGGUGAUUGCUACUGAUUAACUUCGUAAAUAUUAGCGUUUUCAACCCAACUACUGUGGGGCGGGGCGACUCCAGGAGGAGCCCUGUGCUCAGACCCAGGGCAGCACGGUCACCAGGUGUCAUUUGAUGCUGGAGGGUCCUUGGUCGCUGCACUCAAGUUAGGAUGAGUCCAGGAUCAGAUCUGAUCUGCAGCCCCACCCCCUCCAAUGAUGCCCAGGGUUAUGGUCCUGGCUCUACCUGACACCCGCCCCCCUUCUGAAGUUCCCCAUUAUUCACACAAAUAGAUGCCUGCUGGGGCCACCCACCUGUCCUGUUCAGAACAGUGAUACCCAGGGCAUACACAGGGUCUCAGCACCUCUCCCCUCUGAGGGGCCCUGCUCUGGCUGGAUGGGAAGGAAUUCGUAGACCCAUUUGAGUUGUGCAUGACAAGAGCCCACCUCCAAUGGCUUCGGAUGAAAAGGAAAUGAUUUAGCCUGCGGAGGAGCUGCGGAGUCCAGGGUGUCCAGGCUUUGGGGACACCUGGUCCAGAGGCAUAGUGCGGCUUGGAGCACGGCGCUCUGUCUCUUGGCUGUGUCUUCCAGUAAGGGCUCCUUAGUCUCAGCCAAGUAGUGGCUAAGCCGAGCUGGCCCCUCCAACCAGUUCUGCCCCCAAAUGAAGAGAAGCAGGGCUGCCCCAACGAAUGCUGACUUGCUGAAAGGCACAUCGGAGAUGCUGAUUGCCUGGACUGGUAGCCAGAGAGAGGGAUUCGCCCUCCCAACAGGAGCUGGGAUGGCAGCUGGGCCAGAGGAUCGUGAGGAGUGGGUGGGCAGUGCAUACCUGUUUGUGGAGUCUUCCUUGGACAAGGUGGUCCUGUCCGAUGCCUACGCACAUCCCCAGAAGAAAGUGGCCGUGUACAACGCCCUGCGGACGGCCUUGGCAGAGAGCGGCGGGAGCCCGGAUCAGCUGCAGAUGCUCAAGAUCCACCGGAGCGACCCGCAGCUGAUCGUGCAGCUGCGUUUCGGCGGCCGGCAGCCGUGCGACCGCUUCCUCCGCGCCUACCGCGAGGGGGCGCUGCGCGCCGUGCUGCAGAGGUGCCUGGCGGCGGCGCUGGACCUCGACCGCGUGCACUUGCAGCUGCGCGCCGGCGCUGAGCUGCUGGACACCUGGCUGCAGGACGAGGAGCGCUGCUUCAACUGCAUCUUUGCCCAGAAGCCCGACAGGCUGCGGGACGAGGAACUCGCCGAGCUGGACGAGGCCCUCCGGAAUCUUCAGUGUAACCCGGGGCGACACGUGGAGGGCCCUCCAGUGUCCUCCUUGCAGUCCCAGGGCCCUGCCCCGUUGGAAGACAAGCCACCAGCGCCACCGUCUGGCCAGACUUUCCUCUUCCAGGGUCAGCCUAUAGUGAACCGGCCGUUGAGUUUACAGGACCAGCAGACGUUCGCGCGCUUAGUGGGCCUGAAGUGGCGCAAAGUGGGCCGCUCGCUGCAGCGCGGCUGCCGGGCACUCCGGGACCCGGCGCUGGACGCACUGGCCUACGAGUACGAGCGGGAAGGGCUGUACGAGCAGGCCUUCCAGCUGCUGCAGCGCUUUGUGCAGGCCGAGGGCCGCCGCGCCACGCUGCAGCGCCUAGUGGAGGCGCUGGAGGAAAACGAGCUGACCAGCCUGGCCGAGGACUUGCUGGGCCUGACGGAUUCCGAGGGUCGCCAAGUGUAGGCCCUGUAUCCAGGGAAGAAGCCUCUGCCCACCACGCCCAGCCAGGGCAUGUAACCAUUCGAUGCCUCUAGGGCCCCUUCUGCUGCUACUGCUGACCCCUGCCCACCCAUGAGCCUCCAGGAGGCCACCUCACGCUGGAGCUCUGGGGGCAGGGGUGCACCCUGCUCUUGCUGGGGUGCAUCACGGGGCAUCCCACCGCAGAUAGUAGGCUAGAGGCAUGUGUGGGGGUCCUGCCCGGAAGAGGAGCUUGUGGCCAGUCCUUACCUGCUCAUUUUCUGAAGUUACUCCUGCCCUGUCCAAGCAUUGUCCCGGGUCCAGCAAAGGCUUGGUAAGCAAGGUGCAUACCAGAAGCCUGCCUGGUCCCAGCUCACACUCAGUAUGGGAUACCUGUCCCCCCAAAAAUAAAACGUAACCCAUUGUGGGUUUUAAAAUAUA